AUGACUGCUCCAGCAGUGACCGAUGUAUCCCAGAUCUAUGAUACUAUUUUAAUUCUUGAUUUUGGGUCUCAAUACACUCACUUGAUCGCUCGUCGUAUUCGAGAAUUGGGUGUCUACUGUGAGCUGCAAGCUUGCACUGUCAAGAUGGCUGACAUCAAGUUCAAACCAAAAGGCGUCAUCUUAUCUGGAAGUCCUUACUCUGUCUACGAUCACGAUGCUCCUCACGUAGAUCCAGCUGUCUUUGACUUAAGUGUCCCAAUUCUCGGUAUCUGCUAUGGUCUGCAGGAAAUAGCUCAAGUAAAAGGAGCAAAAGUAGGCUCCUCAACAAAACGUGAAUAUGGAAAAGCUGAUCUCCAUAUAUCACACGAACAACCAUCACAACUAUUUACUGGCUUCUCACCUGCCGAUAAACAUAUAACUGUGUGGAUGAGCCAUGGUGAUAAGGUCGAUUCCCUACCUCCUGGUUUCCGUGUUAUUGCCACCACCUCAACUUCUGAUUUCGCUGCUAUUGAUAACGAGGAAGAACGUAUUUGGGCAAUCCAAUUCCAUCCUGAAGUAUCACACACACCACGUGGAACUGAGCUAUUGCAAAACUUUGUGUGUGGUAUUUGUCAUGCUGAUGCAUCAUGGACAAUGACAUCCUUUGUAGACAAGGAAAUUGAACGUAUUCGUUCCAUCGUUGGACCAACUGCUCAAGUUAUUGGUGCUGUGUCUGGUGGGGUUGAUUCAACUGUUGCUGCUAGGCUCUUGACUUUGGCUAUUGGUGAUAGAUUCCAUGCCAUAUUGGUCGACAAUGGCGUCAUGAGACUAGACGAAUGCACCAAUGUCUUAAAAACACUUCAAGAAGGAUUGGGAAUAAAUGUUCAUUUGGCUGAUGCUGCUGAUCUCUUCCUUGGUAGACUCAAAGGAGUCACAGAUCCAGAAAAGAAGCGCAAAAUCAUUGGAAACACUUUCAUCGAAGUCUUUGAAGAAAAUUCAACACGUAUUGAAAAGCUAGUUGAACAAGAGGGCAGAGGCAAAGUUGAAUUCUUGUUACAAGGGACUUUGUAUCCGGAUGUAAUUGAGUCGAUAUCGUUUAAGGGACCUUCUGCUACCAUUAAGACUCAUCAUAACGUUGGUGGUCUAUUGGAUGACAUGAAACUUAAACUUAUUGAACCAUUACGAGAACUCUUUAAAGAUGAAGUCAGAGCACUCGGCAAAAUCCUGCAACUGGAUGAUGACCUUGUAUGGAGACAUCCGUUCCCAGGUCCUGGAAUUGCUAUUCGUAUUUUGGGAGAAGUGACAAAGGAGCAAGUUGAUAUUGUUCGUCAUGCUGAUCAUAUUUACAUUGAAGAGAUCAAGAAGGCUGGUUUAUAUCGACAGAUAUCUCAAGCAUACGCUGCCCUACUACCAAUUCGAUCUGUUGGUGUCAUGGGUGAUAAGAGAACAUAUGAGCAAGUCAUUGCUCUUCGUGCUGUUGAAACCAGAGAUUUCAUGACUGCAGAUUGGUUUGAAUUCCCAUACGACAUACUCAAAAGGAUAUCAUCUCGUAUUAUAAACGAGGUUGCUGGUGUGAAUCGUGUUGUUUAUGAUGUUUCGUCGAAACCACCAAGUACCAUUGAAUGGGAAUAA